AUGUCUGAAGUUGCUGACAAAGUCAAAGACAUGUCUUUGAAAGAAGGCAAGAAGGACGGCAAGAAAAAGGCCGAAAAGAAACCUUCAAAUGCAUUGUACUUAGACCCACAACCAGAAUUUAUUGAUCAAAGAAUCGCCAUGUUUGAACAUUUCAAACAAAAAUACGAUGAAGAAAUCAGCAAGAAAGAAAAGGUUCCAAUUAAAGUUACUUUGAAGGAUGGUUCAAUUAAAGAAGGUACCGCAUACGAAACCUCUCCAAUGGAUAUUGCCAGCUCUAUUGGUAAAUCUUUUGCUGAAAGACAAGUCAUCGCCAAGGUUGAUGGUAAGUUGUGGGAUAUGCCACGUCCAUUGGAAGGUGAUGCCAAGUUGGAAUUCUUGGAUUUUGAACACCCAGAAGGUAAAGCUGUUUUCUGGCACUCUUCUGCCCAUAUUUUGGGUGAAGCCUGUGAAUGCCACUAUGGUUGUCACUUGACCCACGGUCCACCAACUGAUGAUGGUUUCUUCUACGAUAUGUCCAUUAACAAUGGUGAAACUGCUGUUACUCAAGCUGAUUUCCCAAGUUUGGAACAAGUUGCAACCAAGGCCAUCAAGGAAAAGCAAAAAUUCGAACGUUUAGAAUUGACCAAGGAACAAUUAUUGGAAAUGUUCAAAUACAACAAGUAUAAGAUCAAGUUUAUCAGUGACAAGAUCCCAGAUGGUACUUCUACCACUGUUUACAGAUGUGGUCCAUUGAUUGAUUUAUGUGUCGGUCCCCACAUUCCACAGUCUGGUAGAAUCAAGGCAUUCAAGGUUUUGAAGAACUCUGCUUCCUAUUUCUUGGGUGAUUCUAACAAUGAUUCCUUGCAAAGAGUCUAUGGUAUUUCUUUCCCAGAUAAGAAAUUGAUGACUGAACAUUUGAAAUUCUUGGCUGAAGCCGCUGAAAGAGACCACAGAAAGAUUGGUAAAGAACAAGAAUUGUUCUUCUUUAGUGAGAUGUCACCAGGUUCUGCCAUGUGGUUGCCACACGGCACUAGAAUCUACAAUACUUUGGUUGAAACUUUGAGAGAAGAAUACAGAAAGAGAGGUUACGACGAAGUCAUUACUCCAAACAUGUACUCCACUAAGCUUUGGGAAACUUCUGGUCAUUGGCAAAAUUAUAAGGAAAACAUGUUUUCUUUUGAAGUUGAAAAGGAAACUUUUGGUUUGAAACCAAUGAACUGUUUGAGUGAAGAUAUGAGAGUUCAAACCAACAAGGGUUUCUUAGGAUUGGAUGAAGUCAAGGACCAAUGGAGAGAUUUGAAAUUUGCCAACUAUAACCCAGAAACCAAACAAAUCCAAUACUUGCCUGCUUCAAACUUUAUCUUGAAGGAUGCUGCUAACCACAAGAUGGUUGAAUUUUCUGAUUAUGACAUCAACUCAGAUGCCCAUGGCAGCUUCUCAUUGUUUGUUACUGACAAUCAUGACAUGUAUGUCCAAACUGGUCGUGUUGACAAAGAAGCUGGCGACAUUAACAGAAUUGUUUACGAAGAAAACCUGGAAUUUUCUAAAGUUGAAGCUUCUCAACUUGUCGGUAGCGGUAAAGGUAUCCGUUUCACCACCACUGCUCCAAACGGUAUCGACAUUGCUUCUGUUGCUUCUUACAAACAAGUCGUCAGUGAAAAUCAACAACAAACCUUCUUGGAACUUUAUGGUUACUGGGUUGGUAAUGCUGAUAAAGUUGGCGAAACUGGUGUUACUUUCACUGCUGCUAACGAAGCUAACUCUGCUUGGUUGAGCAAAGCUAUCAGUGAAUUGGAAGGCAAAGUUGACGGAACUACUAUUACCGACUCCAAAUUGAGUGCAUUAUUCAAUGGUAGCGAACAAUCAUUUGCCGAAUGGGUUUGGGACCUUGCCAAAGAUGAACUUAGAUCAGUUGUUCAUGGUUUUGCUAGAGCCAGUGGUGAUGAAAACAAAAAGAUCUAUACCUCCUCCGUUAUUUUGCGUGAUGAAUUGGUACGUGUUUUGUUGCAUGCUGGUUAUACUUCAAGAUUUGAAUUGAACGCCACUAAAGGAUGGGAAAUCACUUAUGUUGAAGAUGUUGCCCAAUGUGUCAACCCAGUCUUGUAUUCUGACAAGAAUGUUAAAGUUGUUGAUGAUUACUUUGGUAGAGUCUGGUGUGUCACUGUUCCAACUGGAUUGAUUAUUGUUCAAAGAGUUGUCAAGAAUGCCGAAGACGUUGUUGUUAAAGCUUCUAGACCUACAAUCGUUGGUAAUUGUCCAGGUCACGCUGUUAUGUUCAAAUCAAGAGAACGUUCUUACCGUGACUUACCAUGGCGUGUUGCUGAUUUUGGUGUUAUCCACAGAAACGAAUUUUCUGGUGCUCUUAGUGGUUUAACCAGAGUUCGUCGUUUCCAACAAGAUGACGCGCACAUUUUCUGUACUGCUGACCAAAUUGGUACUGAAAUUGCUGGUGUUUUUGAUCUUUUGAAGAAAAUGUACGGUAUUUUUGGUUUUGAAUUCAAGAUGGAAUUAUCCACCAGACCAGAAAAAUAUGUUGGUGAUUUGGAAACUUGGAACGGUGCUGAACAAAAAUUGGAACAAGCUUUGGAUGAGUUCUUGGGUAAAGGCAAAUGGGAAUUGAACCCAGGUGAUGGUGCUUUCUACGGUCCAAAGAUUGAUAUCAUGAUUAGUGAUGCUUUGAAGAGAUGGUUCCAAUGUGCUACCAUCCAAUUGGAUUUCCAAUUGCCACACCGUUUUGAAUUGGAAUACAAAACCGACAAGGGUCCAACUUCACGUCCAGUCAUGAUUCACAGAGCUAUCUUGGGUUCCGUUGAAAGAAUGACUGCUAUCUUGACUGAACAUUACAAGGGUAAAUGGCCAUUCUGGUUGUCUCCAAGACAAAUUUUGAUUGUUCCAGUUGGUCCAAAAUACUACGACUAUGCUCAAACACUUCAAAAGAGAUUGAAUGACGAACACUCAUUCUAUUGUGAUGUCGAUGUCAGUGGUAACACUUUGCCAAAGAAGAUCAGAACUGGUCAAAUGUACAAAUACAACUUUAUCUUUAUUGUUGGUGACGAAGAAGAAAAGAGCAACAGUGUUAAUGUUAGAAACAGAGAUAUUCCAGAAGAACAAGGUAAGAAUGCCAUGGUCAAGGUCGAUGAUGUUAUCCAACAAUUGUUAGAUUUGAAACAAUCUAAAAGAAGCGACAAUAAAUUGGUAUAG